AUGGACCCGAAGCCCCUCGCAGACCAGGAGAGAGACAUCAAGAAUCUCCUCAGUCGAGCAAAGUCCACGCCGCUCAAGACCUCUUCCCUCCGUCGUGACACUCUCCGUCGUCUGAUUGAUCUCGCACACUCGGAACACACCUCGCUAAAGAUUACUGCCGCCGAGAACUUCCGCUACUUCAUCAAGGACUUCCCGGACCUCGAGGACGAUGCAAUCAACGCCGUCUAUGACUUGUGUGAGGACCCAGUCUACCAUGUUCGAAUCAAAGGAUACGCUGCCAUUGUUGAUGUCUCCCGUGAGCAGAGCAAGUGGGUGAAGAGAAACGCAGACGUCCUCAUCCAGCUUCUCCAGAGUGACAACCCAGACGAAGUAGUCUAUGUCAAACGGUCACUCACCCAGCACUUGGACAUGGAUCCUGUCGUCACUAUGGGCGUAGUGUUUGACCAAAUAAUACCGCCAGAAGAGCCUCUGGACGACGAGGAAGUCGCUAUCCGUGAUCGCCUGCGUUCACUCGUUCUUGCUUUCCUUGCUGGAGAAGUCAAGCGUCCUCUAGGAGACCGCCACAUUGGUGCUGCGGGCAGCCCAGCGGAGCGGUUUCUCGUCACCGAAAUGUUCAAGGCAAUCCCUAAACUCAAUGUCGGUGAAGUCGAGACAAUCGUGAAAGACGUGCUUGUCGCGCUCCCCUCUUUUAAGCCCCCAUCCGCGCGAGGGACAGAACUCCUCGACGUCAUCCUCUCUCAGACGCGUGCCGCCGUCAAGUCCGACCUUGCAGAAAACACCGACCGAGCAUCUUUCAGUGAGGCAAGGGCAUACCUCGCUCUUGCACUUUUCGCCUGUAUCGACAAGCGAAUCGCGCCAUCGACCCAUCUCCUCAACUUCUACUUCAACACUAUCGCCCUUAAACAGGUCUUGGAGCGCAUAUCGGAGGAAGCGCAAUCCGAUGUCAUCGUGGGGAUAUCACGAACACUGGCUGUAUGGGAGGAAACCAAGCGGCGCACGCCACCCACCGCUCCAGCCACAGAUCUUCGCAACUCGGAAGACUCGACUCUCCUCCAGCAAUCCCUCGACGUCGGCGCUAUCCUCUUCCAGGUGUGUCUCAUCUUCGCUAUGAAUUUUGCGAACGAUUUGUUGAUAACAAGUACAGGUGGUCGCUGA